UGUGGCAGGCGAGGAUGGGAGAGAGCAUCUGACGAGAAUCAUGGAGGCCUCUUUCGAGUAUUAAACACGAGAGCUAUCGUCACGCUUUGAGAUUGCUUUGGAAACACCUGUGUACAUGUAUGAUACCAUCAAUUGAAGAUACAAUAUGCUCUUGGAACCUGUGGUGGAUUGAAUUUCAGACGCGUUUUCUGGAGUAGUACUUGUAGUUAGCAACUCCUCGGAUAAUUCCGAGGAUGGCUCCUGAGCAACGUCGUAGCAGGUUCCGCCCAUGCAUUGACCUACAUGAAGGACAAGUAAAGCAAAUCGUCGGAGGUACUCUUUCGGACCGCAGUGAUGAGGAACUGAAGACGAAUUUUGUCGCAACGCAACCUCCAGAGUAUUUCGCGGAAAAGUAUCGUGACAAUAGUCUGGAGGGCGGACACGUCAUAAAAUUGGGGCCUCGGAACGACGAAGCAGCCAGGAGAGCAUUGGCAGAAUGGCGGAAUCACUUACAGAUCGGUGGGGGUAUCACCGCUGAUAAUGCCAAAGAAUGGCUUGACGCGGGUGCGAGCAAGAUCAUCGUCACAUCCUACCUCUUUCCCGGCGGCAACUUCGACUUGGAGCGUUUGCAGACAAUCUCAUCACUUGUUGGGAAGGAUAAGCUUGUUGUAGACGUUAGCUGUCGCCGGCGAGGAGAUAAGUGGUAUGUUGCUAUGAAUAAAUGGCAGGAUAUUACUACAAUGGAGGUAAAUAAAGAGAAUCUCGACAUGCUGGCACAGUAUUGCAACGAGUUUCUCAUCCAUGCGGCUGAUGUAGAAGGAUUAUGCCAAGGUAUUGACGAGGAGCUCGUACAAAAGCUUGGCGAAUGGGUGACGAUUCCUACCACAUAUGCUGGAGGAGCUAAAAGCAUUUCCGACUUGGAAACGGUGAAUAGACUUUCGGGAGGACAAGUGGACUUGACAUAUGGCAGUUCAUUGGAUAUCUUUGGAGGGGUUGUAAGCUUUGAUGAAUUAGUGAAAGCCAGCAACCAGUAGCAUCAAUAUGUAGCGCGUAUGUUAGAUUUUGGAAAACAUUACCCGUGACCCACAGGGGAUUACCUUUUAUGGGCGUGUGAAAUGUGGCUCAUAAACUGUAUAGUACC